AUGGAUACGGAGGAUCAGGGCUCUGUUUGUACGGACUACAGCUCCGUAUCCUCCACGUCAGAGGACAAAGAUACUGCCAUUACUGGUCAAGAACAAGAACUGUCCAAGGAAGAGGAAUCAAGUGGCAAAAAGCUAAAAACGAAAACCUUUGAAUAUUUGAGGAACAAAGCAGCAGAUAUCAAACACGAAGAAGACGAACCUUGUCUUCCUGUCCUUCCCGAAGACGCUUUUAAAAAUGAGCAGGCGAGCGAUCUUCCUGUACAAUCUGGUGACAUUGCUUUACAGAUACCACCCGAGGAGGUGGACCCCAGUGUACCCCCUUCGAGACAAGGUCAAGUAACUUUGACAGAUCUGACACAAUUUCAAGUUCAAGAUCAUACAAAAAUCAGUGUCCUACCACUGGACAUGAACUAUCUUGCACCUACCAGUGAUUACCUGUACCAUUGCUUACCCAGCACAGCAACUGAGGGCAGCAAUACAUCUUUUUUGGGACAGAUAAUGACGCCGCUUCCGGCCCAUCAACACCUUCCCAAAGUUAACCCUUUCUUACCAGCUCCGCUUACUUCCCAUUUUGCUGUCACCUCGCAUUCCUCAAUCCCCUCCUCAUUUAACGACACGCGAUCAUCACGACUCAGAUCUCAAGUGAGAACACGAGAACGAGGUCGUUCUAACAGCGCCCUCUCGAGGGAGGAACAGAAGAAAAGUGCUUGUGACAGAGAAAGAAGUCGGAUGCGAGAUAUGAACCGGGCUUUUGACCUACUACGAGAAAAACUACCAAUAUGUAAACCUCCAGGGAAAAAAUUAUCAAAAAUUGAAUCGCUCAG